UUAAGCAAAGCCACCGUCUGACCGCAGAAAUGUACGCGCCAUUUUUAGAUUGCAAUUAAUUACAAACUCCCCAUAUGUAACGUUAUCUCGCGUGAAUCCCUCCUCUGGUAAUAUUACUUCUCACGCCCAAAUGGACAAUCCAAACCAUGGAGGAUGCUCGCCGACGCGCCUCGUCCUCACCGUCCUCCUCCUUUGCGUAGCGGCCACACCGGCGGCGAGCCAUGGCGGUCCCGACACCGGCGUGCACAGCAACUUCCUCGUCAUCGUGCGCAGGCCGUACGAGUAUGACACGAACGUGUACAAGAACGUGUCGAGCUGGCACGCGUCGCUGCUGGCCUCCGUGUGCGACAUGGCCAAGGAGGCGCUGGACAAGGACCCGGCCUCCGUGACCAGGCUCAUCUACUCCUACCGCAACGUCGUGAAUGGCUUCUCCGCCCGCUUGACGCCGGAGGAGCUGCAGGAGAUGUCCCAGAAGGACUGGUUCCUCAAGGCCUACCCUGAGAGGACGUACCACCUCAUGACCACGCACACGCCCAAGAUGCUGGGGCUCAUGGGCGGCGGCUCCGCCAAGGGCAGCAAGGCGGAGGGCGUGUGGAACACCAGCAACAUGGGCGAGGGCAUCAUCAUUGGGAUCCUCGACGACGGCAUCUAUGCCGGACACCCGUCGUUCGACGGGGCGGGGAUGAAGCCGCCGCCGGAGAAGUGGAAUGGCCGGUGCGACUUCAACAACACCGUGUGCAACAACAAGCUCAUCGGCGCGCGGUCCUUCUUCGAGUCGGCCAAAUGGAAGUGGAAGGGCCUCGAAGACCCAGUGCUCCCGAUCAACGAGGGCCAGCACGGGACGCACACGUCCAGCACGGCGGCCGGCGCGUUCGUGCCGAGCGCGAACAUCACAGGCAACGCUGUGGGCACGUCGUCCGGCAUGGCACCCCGCGCGCACAUCGCCUUCUACCAGGUGUGCUUCGAGCUGAAAGGCUGCGACCGUGAUGACAUACUGGCAGCGGUGGACGAGGCCAUCGAGGACGGCGUGGACAUCCUCUCCAUGUCGCUCGGUGGGAACCCAGGUGCUGACUUCUCGGAGGACCCUGUUUCGCUGGGAGGAUUCACCGCCGUCCUGAACAACGUGUUCGUCAGCACGGCGGCUGGCAACGUCGGCCCGAACCCGGCAACACUCGCCAAUGGGGCACCGUGGCUCCUCACCGUGGGGGCAAGCACCACCGACAGGCGGUUCGUAGGCACUGUGAAGCUUGGCAGUGGAGUUGAACUUGACGGCGAGUCAAUGAGCGAACCCAAGGAUUAUGGGAGCGAGAUGCGGCCUUUGGUGCGCGACGUGAACAACGGCAAGUGCACCAACGAGAACGUGUUGAGGGCACAGAACAUCACCGGGAAGAUCAUCAUUUGCGAACCUGGCGGUGGCGCGAGCACCAAGAAGGCCAAGAUGGUCCGCCGUGCCGGCGCGUUUGGUAUGAUCGCCGUCGUCUCUCAGGUGUUCGGCGCGGUGGUUGUCCCGAGGCCGCACGUCCUUCCUACGGUGCAAGUCCCCUACGUGGAGGGGCAAAAGAUCAAGGCUUAUGCCCACAGCACAGAUAGCCCGACGGCAAACCUCAUCUUCAAGGGAACAACAUACGACAACCCACGAUCGCCGAUGAUGGCACCCUUCUCGUCACGGGGGCCCAACACAAAAAGCAGGGGAAUUCUAAAGCCUGACAUCAUCGGCCCCGGAGUAAACAUACUUGCAGGUGUCCCCGGCGUGGUGGACUUGGUGUUGCCGCCAAACACAGCCAUGCCCAAGUUCGACAUCAAGUCCGGCACGUCCAUGGCCUGUCCGCACCUUGGCGGGAUCGCUGCGCUGAUGAAGAACGCACACCCGACAUGGUCACCGGCAUCCAUCAAGUCGGCGCUCAUGACGACCACUGAAACCACUGACAACACCGGGAAACCUAUCGCUGACGUAGAUGGCUCACAGGCGACCUACUAUGCAACGGGUGCCGGACACGUAAACCCGGAGAAAGCCAUGGACCCAGGCCUCGUGUACAACAUGACGGCACAGGACUACAUCCCUUACUUGUGUGGGCUCAACUACACGGACCAGCAGGUGAACUCGAUCAUCCACCCGGAGCCGGUGGUGGAGUGCGCCAAGCUACCAAAACUCGACCAAAAGGACCUCAACUACCCGUCAAUCACUGUCAUCAUCAACAAUGCGCAGAGCGUUGUAAAUGUCACUCGUGCGGUGACGAACGUCGGUGAGGCCGUGUCAACGUAUGUUGUGGAGGUUGACGUGCCAAAAUCGGUGACGGUGGAGGUGAUGCCGACUAAGCUGAUGUUCAAGGAGGUUGAGGAGGUCUUGAACUACACAGUCACCGUCAAGGCGGACACCGUGCCGGAAAGCACAAUUGAAGGGCAGCUCAAGUGGGUCUUUGACAAGCACAUCGUGCGCAGCCCAAUCCUAAUCUUGCCAGGCACCGGGGAGGAGGAGGUGGAGGAGGAGGAGGAGGCCGCGGCAAAUGCUGCGGCGCCAUCAACUUAACUUUAACUAGCUCUGGAUUAGGUGUCCAAUAUAUAUUAUUAGCAUCUGAUGUGAGAGGGUCUUCUUUUAUUUUGUUUGUUCAUGUUGAUACGUGUAACCUGUGGGGUGGUCCGACUUUUAUACCUAAGGGGAGG